UUAAUCUAGGUGCUUGCUUACGGGAAUUUUCCUAGUGGUGGAGUCCCGGAUUUGUUGCCUGUGCACUGCUUGAGACAAUUUUAACCACCCAAAAGAUAAUAUGGAAGAUAUUUCAGCUAAUUACAGCUAUGAUUACGACUACAAAGUUUCAGUCUUCGGAAAUGAUGCAGCUGGACGGUUGAACAUAUUCGUCUGUAUAUCGAUAAUCAUAGUUAUUCUGUUCAACAUAUUUCUAAUGGUCGCCAUUUUCCUAGAUCGCAAAUCUCACGGGAAAACGCGCUCUUUGUCACUACUGAACUAUUUGCUGAACUAUACUCUCGUUGCUUUGUUUGUUUAUUUUCAGAGUUUGCAUGUCUUUAUAGUUCGAGAUUUGCCAAAAUCUCACUGCGUAUUUAUCAAUAUAUUAGCUUUUGUGGUUAACGAUGGUGAUAAGUAUUUCAUUUUCCCACUUUGCUGCGAGUUUAUUGUGAAGUAUUUUAGGCCAAGCAAAUAUGAAAAUCAAAUUUUCCUAAUUAUCCAAUCCGUAUUGAUAGGGAUUUUGUGGGUCUUUAUUUGUAUCAAAAAUUUGGUAAUCAUUCUAGCUUUUUCCAACUUUUCUACUGGUGUUUGCUUUCCUUACUUAUAUAGUAAUGUCAUUGUUGCUCAAUCUAUAAUAAGUAUUCUGCUGGUGAUUGCAAUGUUAGUGUUUGUAGGCCUGUUGAUCUACAUUGCUAUCAAGAGUAAAGAACAAGAGAUGAUGAAAUCACCAUUGAUAACUUUGAUUAUUAUUACUGCAGUGACUAUAAUUUUGUUAAUUUUAGUCAUUCUUAAGGAAGAUGGGUUAUUGGGGCAUUACCGUUCUCCUUUAUUCGUCGUGUAUCGAGUCAUAAGUCUUGGCAGCUUCCUGCUUUUGCCGUUUUUGUGGCUUUUUGAUUUCACUAUAACACAAAGUAUUCGGAAAUUAUGCUCAGAGAAAUGUAAAAAGCAUAAAGAUCAUCCCUCUCACGAGUUAACUGAAAUAAAUUAAUCUUGUAAUGCGAUGUGAAAGUAGCAUUGUUUCUAGGAAAAAAACGUCUUCUAACAAUGAUAAAAGAUUUAUAACAUUUUUUUAGAAAUUAAUACUUUUUAAAAGCUCCUUUUUAUACAUAAAACUUGUAUUAGCCAAUUUUUCACAAAGACUUUCAAUAUAUAUAUAUAUAUAUAUAUAUAUAU